UUAGGUUUCCCGGCUGGAGAUCCCGGGACGAUCGUACCCGUAAACGGUGGCAACAUAAGAGCUUACGUUUUUCUUUUUAACUUGCAGAUGUCCUUCUGUUUGAUGGCUUUCCUUGUUGGCAACUUGGUUGAAGGUCAACUCCUGUCCACGGGAGCAUUUGAAAUUUAUUAUAACGGUGAGUUAUACAUGUUUCCGUCACUUGCGUUUACGUGUAGUGAUAUCAAAUUAUCUUUCGUUGAAAUGCCUAGAACCUUCGAUUAUUACCUGUGUUGUCCAUAG